AUGUGUGGUUGAUUUCCUUCCCCUGUUUAAAAACCAAAACUGCAUCGUCUCUGUUUCAUAAUUUUCUGCAGUCGGCAACUUGAAGCUUCGAUUCUGUGUUGUUGCUUUUACUUCCCAUCAGAAUCAGAAUGGAUGGUGCAAAGACACAUGGUGCUGUGUUGGCAUGUACAGAUGGAGCAGUUCUUCCCGUCAGUCAAGUGUUUGAUGCAAUUAGAGAGCUUGGGAAUGAAGGAGUUGAGCAAUGGGAUCCUCUAGUUCUUACUUCUGCCUCACUCUUGAGCAAGUUGCCAGUGGAUUCUUCCUCUGUUGAUUUUCUGAUUUUAAUUUGGCUGUCAAUUGAUUGUCCUGUGGACCAACUGAUUCAAGAAAUUCUUAGAGUGUUAAAAGUAGAUGGUACAAUUCUUAUUCGCAAGUCAUCUCAGUCUGCUGUGGGUUCAUUUGAUAAGAUAAUAUCUGCUCUUGAGAACAAGUUAUUGUUGGCAGGGUUUACAGAAACACAAGUUUUACAAUUAACUGGGAUCAAAGCUAAAAAGCCUUCAUGGAAAAUUGGUUCAUCUUUUGCGCUAAAGAAGGUGAUAAAGAGUUCACCUAAAAUGCAAAUUGAUUUUGAUUCGGAUCUAAUUGAUGAGGAUAGUCUCUUGACUGAAGAAGAUUUAAAGAAACCCCAGCUGCCACCUGGUGAUUGUGAAAUUGGGAGCACAAGAAAAGCCUGCAAAAAUUGCACCUGUGGGAGGGCUGAGGAAGACGAAAAAAUAUUGAAGUUAGGAUUGACAACAGAACAGAUUAAUAAUCCUCAAUCAGCUUGUGGCAAUUGUGGGCUAGGGGAUGCUUUCAGGUGCAGUACCUGCCCUUACAAGGGACUGCCUGCUUUCAAAUUGGGCGAGAAGGUAGCACUGUCCGGUAACUUCCUUGCUGCUGACAUAUAAAUGGAUAAAGUUGCAGUACGCUUUGUCAUGGGAAUGAUAUUAUUAUAGAAUUUAAUUAUAUAGUAUGGAAUUGUCAUCAGUUAUGUUAAUGCUAGCAGAACCAUUCAUCCAAGUUGUGGUUUUGAUACAAUUUUACAUAUGACCAUACGAGAGAUUCAAGUUUUCCAGCUAUUGAAGAGCUGUAAUGUCAUUGUCUGAUUUGUCUCUUCCUCUCUUCUAUUUUCCUUGUUUGAAUCACAUGAACUAGUAUAAGUUAUUGGAGCA